AUGAAGGCCACAAAGAUGAAGGCCACAAGGAUGAAGGUCACUCGGAUGAAGGCCUCAAAGAUGAAGGCCAAAAAGGAUGAAGGCCACGAGGAUGAAGGUCACAAGGAUGAAGGCCACAAGAAUGAACGCCACAAGGAUGAAUGCCACACGGAUGAAAUCCGAACGAAUGAAGGCCACAUGGAUGAAAUCCAAAUGAGUGAAGGCCACACGGAUGUGAGCCACAUGGAUGAAAGUCACACAGAUGAAGGCCUCACGGAAGAAGGCCACAAGGAUGAAGGCCUCACGGAUGAAGGCUCCGUGGUUGAAGGCCACAUGGAUAAAUGUCACAAGAAUGAAGGCCACACGGAUGAUGGCCACAUGGAUAAAGGCCAGAAGGAUAAAAGGCACGCGGAUGAAAUCCACACGGAUGAAGGCUCCGUGGAUGAAGGCCACAAGGAUAAAGGCCACAAGAAUGAAGGCAACACAGAUGAAGGCCACACGGAUGAAGGCUCCAUGGAUGAAAGCCACACAGAUGAAAUCCACACGAAUGAAGGCCGCAAGGAUUAA